AUGGCAGAAUCGAUUGCAAAUUGUGAAAAUGAACUAAAUCUGAGAAACGAUGUUAGGAAUCUUGUUGAUCAAGAGAGUUACAAGUGGAUAUUUGUAGGAGGAAAGGGAGGCGUCGGAAAGACGACAAUAUCGUCAUCUCUGGCCUCUAUACUGUCAGAACGAAGAGAAUCCGUGCUUCUCCUGUCAACGGACCCCGCACAUAGUCUUAGCGACGCCUUCAAUCAGAAGUUUACGGACAGGCCGACUCUGGUAAAGGGCUACGAAAACUUAUACGCAAUGUUACAGUGUGUGUUCAGCGACGGAUUCCGUGAUAAAAAUUAUAAUCAGGAGCUCGAUGUGACGAAGGUGUCAGACACAGGCUUCGGUUUCAGCGAGUCGAAAAUGUUCCUGCAGGCAAUACCGGAGCUGAUACAAAUGCUUCCAGGAAUAGACGAAGCAUUUUCGUUUUCAGAGCUAUUACACUCCGUGCAAUCAAUGAAGUACUCAGUAAUCGUCUUCGAUACAGCGCCGACAGGUCAUACACUAAAGUUUCUUAACCUGCCAGAGGUGCUGGACAAGCUGCUGGACAGUUUCCUGAAAGUGGAGAACCUGUGUGGAGUAGCAAUGAAGAUGUUCUCAGCAUUCAGCGACUCAAUACCCAAGGAACAAAUAUUCGAAAAGCUAAAGAAAUUUAAAUCGAAUUUAACGCUGAUAAUGAACCAAAUGAAGGAUCCAGACCUUACAACAUUUGUGUGUGUGUGUAUUCCGGAGUUCUUGAGUGUGUAUGAAACGGAAAGGUUGAUACAGAGCUUGGCAAAGACAGACGUGGACUGCUCAUACAUAGUAGUGAAUCAAAUACUAAGUUACAUCAACUUGGAAACCCAUGUCCAAAAGACGAAAGAAUCACUGGAGGAAUUAUCAGAACAUAAUAAAAGUGUCCUAGAACCGUUCUUUGAAUUGGUGUUGGAACAGCAAAAUAAUUUAAACGGGAGGUUAGGUAUACAGAGAAAGUACCUUGACGACAUAAAGCAGUUGUACGAAGGGUUGUUUAACAUUGUUUGUUUAAAACAACAUAAAUAUGAAGUGCGAGGCAGUGAAGCAAUAAAGGAGUUCUCGCAAGAUCUACUAAAACACUCUCCUCUACCAGAAGCAUAA